AAGAAGGUACCUUCUCUCACGAAUGGACCGUGUCAAAACACUAAUUAAAUACCGAGUACCGGUGAUGCGUUGUCGCGUUGACCCGCGGUAAAAACCCAAAGACACAGUCAAUAAUCCCAGCAGUUAGCGAACGAAGUUCGCGUACGAGUUUCUGAGUAAAGUUGUCAUUAAAAUAAUGAUACGCAUCGUCUUUUAAAGCAGACUGGUGGAAAGGAUCGGAUCCAGCGAGAAACGCGCUCCACCGAUAUGAGCUUAUAACGGUAUCGAGGAAGAGCGCGCAUUUCUUGGUAACUCGUUAAAUCUCAGAAAUCUAUCAACUACGUGGAAACGUAUCUCCGAACAAGAUCUUCGUUUACGACAGUCCCAGCUUUUCUGGGGAUCGGAAUUUCUUUAUCCGUCGCGUGAUUUGAAAGAACCGCCUCAUGGUCGAGAAGAUUCGUCUCAUCGAUGGCCGAGCUAACUCAACCCGAAUCGCAUUUAUGUAUCUCAUGGCGACGCGACAGGUUUGAUAAGUAUAAUUCAUUACAUAAUAAAUAGGGACGAGGUUUUCUACGUAUAUAAUAACGUAUAAUACGUUUCUAGUUUUCUGCGCGAGCGUAAAGUACACUACGCCCUUCUGUUUCUAAAUAGAACAUAAUGAAUCCUAUAUUUGAUCGCGACGCGUCAACUAAACCUCUUCCAAAGAGCUUCAUAGCUCUUCUUAACUCCGAGCUUUAUCCAGGAAAAGAAUCAUCCUUCGUAUCUCCAGGGAAAGCAGAGAUACGAAGAGAAAACUACGGAAUGUAAGAUUGGAUUCUAAACGACAUUCAAAACGCCGCCAAGAUGGCGGCUUCGAUCGCGAGUUCCGCAUUCUCCCACGGGGGCGCUCGCGUCGCUCCCAACAACGAAUCCUGCGAUCCGUUUCCAAGAACGUGACUCUCAUCACCGCAUCCAUGACGUCACUCGUCCCUUGGUUCCGAAGCCCGAUAAAUGAAAACUCGUUAGAAAAAAUCGUCCCCAUGAUCCACGUAUAAAUCCAGCCCCUGACGCGCCGAUCCCCGGGUAAAAAGUCGAUUUCCCGAAGCAGCCCCUCGGGCGUCGAAGUUGCGCGCCGUCCGCCAUUUGCAAUCCGUCCAUGGCCCUCGGGCCGCGCAGUUGGCAGGCCUGUCGAUUGAUCGCCCGUAUUGGCCCGCAUUUUACCCAGAAUGUACACCACAUAUCUGUCCCUGGUCUCUCCGGGCGAAUGUAAACAGAAUUUCUCUCAAAUAUGAUGUGACACGGCCAAAUCGUGGGGUGCUCUGGUGCGCGAUCAAGGCGAGCGAGACCGGAGGAGCGGGCGAGCGGGCGAGUGGCCGCCGUGUGUUCGCGUCGUGUACCGUGGCAGAGCUGGCCGAGGCUCCGCGCGAGCGAAGCCAGUCGAAGGUGGAACGGGUCCGUCUGCACGAGUCCACCCCGUGGCCGCGUAGUGGAAGAGCCAGUGCGGGUUCCUGGCCGAUGGGAGCGCGAUGCGGAGCCCGCGGAGGGUGUUAAGGACCGGAGUCCUUGCCUGACCGUGGAGGCCGUUCCCGGGGAUGCUGGAGUUACGGGACGAUUGACCGGCUAAGAUGUGGAUCGUUGCACCCUGAGGGUAGGAACGAGACCGUCAAGUUUUGAUAAACAUUCAAGAAGGGCACUUCGACUACUUCUCACUACGCUCAAUUGAUAUCGCAGGCUGAUUGCACAUCUUUAAGGGUAUUCGAUGUGGUGAGGAUCGUGCACAGGUUUUAAACUCGUGAUGGGAGCAAAGCAUGUCACCGACCACAGUGCGACCAAGAGGAUCCUCUCGAGAAAUGCAUACACUCCCAGGAACCGUGUCACUGCACAGCCUAUGCAAAUCAGCCAACGACUGCGGCAUGACUCGACUGCGCGCAGAUACGUGCAACUGUUGCAGGAGCUCCGAAGAAUGUGGCAGUAACUUAAGGAGGGCAACAAAUGCCCCUUUACGUCCAACUAAAUGCUCCCUCACCAGGAUCGAAGAGGAAACGGUUGACCGUGCAUUUCCCACAGCGUGCCAUGGCUCCGGUGAACAGGCGUGCUGCAAUUGCCGUUGCACCUUCUCCGAGCAGGACGGUUUCUCCAGGCGUAAUCGUAAACGCGCGUGGAGUUACGACCCCGACACCUGUCGGAAGAGUCGCUUGAACUUUAGUGACGAUUGCACUUGGUCGAGCGGUCCUAAGUUGAGAUGCGGUCGGAUCGUCAGGGUGCCUGUACUUUGGUGGGCGAACUGCUUAAGGACAAGUCAUACGCUGCAGACGGUUCUGAUCCUCCUUGUUUAUAUCGUGUGUACGACGUACGGGGCAGAUCCUAACCAGUGUGCGGUGGGCCUGAAAACACCAGGAAAAACUUGGCCACAAGGCGACAUUGUUCUCGAACAUGGCCAGCCUCUUCGAAUCCUAUGCAUGCUCAACAAGACCUUCAUAGAGACGAAUUUCCCUGGAAAGAAUGCCUCGGAUCUUGUAUUCUUCCGGAAUAAAAAGGAAAUGGAGCCGGAAUAUAUUUCCAUAAUAAACGAGACGACCAUCGCCCUUUACGUCGAGAAACCACCGCCUGCCGAGGACAUGUAUUACUGCAAGUUGAGGAUGAACAACGGGCACAACAAGCAACACGAAGCCGUUUGUUUAAACAAAGUCGUGAUUGGCUUUAAACCUCGUGAGCCUCAGAACUUCAGCUGCGUCUCUCACAACUGGGAGAAUAUGAUUUGUUCUUGGGAUCCUGUACAAAAUUACGUCACAACGAGAUUUACCUUAGUAUUCAAAUUGCCAGGCAGAGCAGGGGGUCGGAAAUUGUAUCCAUGCCCGAAAGAGAAUCAAAGACCUCUUCCACCUAACACUUGUCUGUGGGACACGUCCACAAAUCCAAUUUACAGGCAACCAUACGAAUACUAUACGUUCAUAUUGAACGUGGAAAAUGUGUUAGGAAAUAUCAGCGUUUCGUAUAAAAUACACCACUUUGCACAUGUAAUUCCUGCUAAGCCCGCCAACUUGUCAGUAGUUAAUAAAACAUCGGAUAGUGCAUUGUUGCAUUGGAGCAUUCCAUUUCCAAUGCAGAAUUUUCCUCCUGGUUUGCAUCACAGAGUCACGUAUCAAAAUCAGUGGGAUCAUCAAAAAACUUGGCAGAUAAUCAACAUUACUAAUGACAUUCACAUGCAUAAGAGAUACUUUAAUCUUACUAAUUUAAAAUAUGCUAAUACCGUUUACGAUGUUAGAGUCUUUAUGAAGAGUGCUCUAGCUAUCGGGGAAGACAAGUGGAGCCAAUUCAGUGACGUUACAUUUAGAACUCCACCGAGACUGCCAGGUCUUCCACCAAAAACAGAUAUCGGAAGUUUUGAGAUUACAGAAAACAGCGCAAACCGAGACGUCUAUGUAUAUUGGCAAGCUAUUCCACCGUAUCAGGAAAACGGUGAUAAUUUUAAAUAUCAAAUCGCCCACGUCGAGGAGAAUGGCCGAAAAUUAUUGUUAUUCCCCAACGAAACUACGAGAACUUAUGCCAAGUUCAAGGGAAUCAGUUUCAACAGUUUUCGCUUUGAGAUUGUCUCUACCAACGUUGUUGGUUCGAACAAGGAGCGAGCUAAAAUUUUCGUUCCUAGCCAAUUGGAGAUUCCUCACGAACCAGUGGCUUUCACAAAAAUCGCAUUCGAGGGCGGCGUUUACGAGUUAUCGUGGAAACAACCACUGGGAGAUACAGAAAUUACAAAUUACACGAUCUUUUGGUGCGACAACGAACGCGAUCGUCCAUAUCAGUGUACAGGCUACCUCGACUGGGUGCACGUUUCGAGGAACACAACAAUUUACAAUAUGACCGUACCAGACCCAAAGAAGGUGUAUCAAUUUGCGAUCUCAGCCAACACAAAACGGGCGAGCAGCGGUAUGGUGUGGGCUUCGUGUACAGUGAUUCAUAAUAAGGUGGUAGGCAAGAUGAAGUCCGUAUGGAUAAAUCGAAUCGGUUCAGACUUCAUCGAAGUCGGUUGGAAGCUCGACUGUUCCGAUCGCAUUGGCAUCGUCGAGGGCUUCAACAUUUACUACUGCCCCAUUGUUUCGCCGUACAAUUUAAAUUGUAAAGGGCCUAAAUUGAAUACCACCAUCAAGGCAGAUCCGCACACCAUACACGGUGUCGUGAAUGGUCUAAAGCCGUACACCACGUACAUGUUGGCUGUUGCGGUUUUAACGAAGACGGGCGAAGGUCUUCACAGCGAUCCACUUUACAAUACGACUUUGGAAGCCGCGCCUACGACGCCUCCUCAAGACGUCGAGGUGACAAACGUCACCAAUUCCACGAUGUUUGUCAUGUGGAAACCACCAGAAGCGAUGAAUGGUGUUUUGCGCUACUACGAGGUUUAUUACAAUUCGUAUUCGCAGAAGGUCGAAGAAACGAAUCACGUCGAAUUGAAGGAUCUCGUGGCGCACAAGAAUUAUAGCAUUAGGGUUUCUGCCUGUACGGUUUCGUGCAGCGUCAAAUCGCCAGCUAUCUUUAAGGUCACCGACAUUGGAACGCCAGGGAAGAUCAACAUCCCUAACGUCCGUUUCAUAAACUCCAGCCAGGUUGUGGUACUGUGGAAUAAACCGCAAAAUACAGCAGGUCAUUUGGAUUACUAUCAGAUAUCGUCCAGUGAUGGCGAGAUUCAAAACAGCACAAAGACUGAGGCUCAACUCCCUAUUCCUGAUUGUAAGACGGUGGGUCGCGAAAGGCUGUACCAGUUUCGAGUAAGAGCAGUCAAUGUUGCUCCUGACAGCACUCACCUGAAGGGACCUUGGUCCGAUCCUGGUGAAGGCAACUGUUACAGCGAUGGACCUUCGUUCAGAGUUUGGAUCAUCAUAUGGGUUAUCGGAAGCUUCAGCGGGGUGGCUUUUCUCCUUUGUUUGGCGUACACAUCUAAGCGAAUGUGGCUGAAAUGUAAGGCUAUGCAAGAUGUCGAGGUGAAGUUACCUCCUGGACUUGCUCCAAACAUGAAAUUGCUGCAAAAGGUUGGAGAGCAACAUUCCCGGCAAUUGUCAGCGGAUUCUAGCGGAUGUUCCAGUGGCCAAGAAUCGGUGACUUCUUCUUUAACGUCGGAUUCCCACGUGUCAACGGACAGUGGUGCAGAUGUGGAUCCAGUCUCGGUAUCCCCUAACAAGCUCCUCGAGUCUACUCCGACCUGGGAAUCGUCGAGUCUUCGGCAGCGAAACGUCGGUACGACCCGUCCAGGUGGUACCACGGAUUCGGCUCGAUGGGAUCCGUAUGUAAAAGUCGCAAAAACCACGGAAACCGCUCUUGGCGACACGCUAUCUCUAGCCCGGUCUACUCCAAACCUGACGGACAGUACAGGGUACACGACGUCGCAACAAACGUGGUCAUCUACGGGGUACAUCAGUAUGCCAUCUUCGGAAGAGUUGUCCAGUAACCCAAGUCCAGUUCCAAAGGAUACAACAAAUGUAGGAGGCUACAGCGUAGUCGGCAGGGUACCCAAGCCAAUUCGGUCGAAGUCCGAGGAGGACUCCGAGCUGACCAGCAACGUGACCAGCAAUUUAAUUUCGAUUAAACCCGAGACAAAGCUUGCCAAUCCGUACGUCAGUCUGGCAUCUCUGGAGCAGAGACCGAAAGAGAGAAAGGUUCUAGAUUCUCUGCAGGACCUCGACGACCUGGCCUUCGUCGAGUCGAGUACAAAGUCUACCCUGGACGACCUUGCUCCAUUCUCCAUCUCGGACAAGAUCUCCAAACCCUAUGUUCAAACUGGACUCAGGAAACCGUUUUCCACGUGCGCCGUGGUGGAUCCAGGGAAAUGCGGAGUCCUGAAAGCGUCCCUUGCCUCGACCUCUCUUACAGACUCGAAGGGGAAACCGUUCGUUUCCACGUUUUCCAACCAAAUGGGAAAAUUAGAGCCACCUACGGACUUCACCUCGAAACCGUACGUGCCCGUGACUUCGUCAUCGGGGCUCCAGGAUGUGCAGAAACCUUAUGUUCCCGUUGGAACUGGCUCCGACAGCUCGACGAAGCCGUACGUUUUGGCCACCUCGGUGUUCCAGAUGCUCCAACAGCAGAGGGAAAAGUCUGAGUCCUCUUCGGACGUCGAGGAGAACGAAAUCGAGGAGGUCUCGCCUGCAAACUAUCCCUUCUGCUGGCAGCACGAGGAGGCCGAUCAAGGUGGGAAACCUGAAGAGAAACCUGUGGGUCUGAGCGCGAAACAGACCGCGGGGUACAUCACCAUUGCUGAUAAUCCAAAGUUGGAGCCUCAGGGUGCGACCAACACGACCACCUCCCCUUACGUACAACACCAACGGUUCGAGAAACCGAUUCAGCAAGAAAGUGCUGCCCCGUCGGACGAGCAAUACAGCAAGGUCGCGGUUGUACCGAGCACUAUGAAAUGAGGAACCGAGUCUCGGCGCCGAGGGGACUCGUUGAAACGUAUCUGUCGAGUACGAUUCGCGGAUUGACGAUCGCCUUCCUGAACUCACGUUUCGGGAUCGGCGAUGGGACGGGCUCGGUGUUAUUCUAGGACUUGUCUAGGAUAAAGAGCCUGACGGUGCAAUAUGGGGGAUUCAUGGUCACCAGUGUAUUGUAUUUUGGAGGCCUCGAAGCCCCGAAACCGCGCGCGAUCGUCGCCCGAUCCCAGUGUCCAGAGAUGACUUUGAAUCGCUAUCGUUAGAACUGGGUAAGAUCUCUUAAAACGGUCAUUAGGUGAUAUCGAGUCUGUUGGAGAUUCACAACAAUAUUUGCGUUUGAAGUUCACGGUAACAGGACUUUGAAUCGCUGUCGUUAGAACCGAGGAAGAUCCCUUCAAACGGUCAUUAGAUGAUGUCGAGUCUGUUGUGGAUUCACAACGAUAUGCACUUGAAGCUCGCGAGAAUAGGACUUUAAAUUGCUGUCGUUAGAACCGGAUAAGAUCUCCUCAAAUGGCCAUUACGGUGAUAUCGAGUCUGUUCACAACAAUGUGCACUUGAAGUUCACGAUAAUAGGACUUUAAAUUGCUGUCGUUAAAACAGGAUAAGUUCCCUUCAAAUGGUCAUUACGGUGAUGUCGAGUCUGUUGGGGAUUUGCAACAAUAUGCAUUAGACAAAACGACAAAUUGUGAUAUGCCAGUGUUUUUAAAGAGGUACGCUCGUUUUUAACACCUCACCGUUAUUGCCGAUCUGGGAAAGCAUGAGAUAGAUGAUCCGAGCCACGAAGGAAUCCCUCGAUGUCGAAUUUUGUGAAGUUGUGAAUUCCCAUUAGCCAUUCUUUGGGUCCGACAAAGAAGGAGGACGAUUGCCGAAAUUGUAUUUGCGACUCCCUGGAGUCAUCAAAUCUUGAGCGAUCAUCUCGCACCAGGAUCCAAAGAUGGCUUUGAAUCGUCGUUCCUAAAAACGGGCAAGAUCUUCCUACAACCUACGAUUAAUGUUACUCGAGUAAACGUUUACCGUCUAUUAAGAAUUUCUUUGCCUGGGUAAUUUUCAUUCAAUUCGUAUACACGAUAAUCUUGCCGCAUGGUGCAUGACGCACUAAAUAUCAUGUGAUUAUGUAACGCUGCAAUUGUGAUGGCAACGUCAUUGUCAUUAUCAAACCCUCUUUUUUCCUGCCGCGCCUAAUACCAAAUACGUACACGUCGAGCACUGAUUGGAUGCAGUAAGAACGUAAGGAUUCACAUCCCGGCAUGAAUCUGCAUAUUUAGACACGGACUUCGAAUCUCUUAUCUGAAACGUCUUCCGCAGAAACUUUAGAGACCGAGAAAUCGAGCUCCGUCUACGUAUUUUCUUUUGCAUCCAAUUUUCUUAUCAGCACAGGCAAGUGAUGGAAAUUUUCCAUCACUUCGUCUAUCUGGGAUUUUACCGAGGAAUGACGAUUCGACGGGGAAAUUUUGGCUGUUUGAAGUUAAAGGCAUGCGACUUUGUGUAUUCCGAACAGACUGCGUACCGUUUGAAAGUGUUCAUUGUUAUCUUGGCCUGAUUGAAAGUGACCUCUCACGACAGGGAUCGGAACGCGAGUACGAUGGUAUCGUACAGGUGCGAUGAUUAAUUUAUACCUUGACUCAUUGGGCACAACAGGUGCCAUUUGUCAUCACUCGCGGGAACUCUGUGUACAAAGCGAAAUCACUUUUGUAUCAUACGUGUGGAAUAAUGAUAGCGCAAGAAAGUGACGUAGAGAGGACGUAUUAGCGACGUCGUAGCCAUAACUCUUAGCUUGUAAGUAAAUUAAGUGGCCGCACACCCAUCGACAGGCGGCUCGUUGCCGUCGAAACGAUUCGUUUAUUUUAAGUAGAGUACCUAGCCGCAGUACGUUUCAAAUUAACUUCAUUGUACAGCGAAUCGUCGUUUCAUCUCACUCAAUCGGCUCGUCCGCCUAGCUUUCCGAAAUUCAACGUAGAAUUCCUGUUUAAGAUCAGAUAUUAAUCGACAGAUCCGUUGCGUUUGAGAGAAGGUCUUCUUCGUAAUGAGCCAUAAAUCCAUACAAAACAAGCGAAAUGUUGUACACUUUUGUUAAACUUGCGUUUAGCCGGUCUCUGAUCGCUUCGCGUAAUUUCUGUUGAGCUUUGUAGGUAAUUUUAAACAGGCUAGCUCACCUGAAUCUUGGGACCUCAAUGAAAUUGUACAGGCUGAGUAGGGGUUUAUGAAUUUUGUAAUUUAAUAUUUAUACGGAUUAAUGUGUUCUCAAAGCAACCGAGAGGAUUUGAAAAUGUCGAUCGCAAGUUUCGAGGCUUGCAUUCGUUUGGGUUUUCCACUUUCCAUCUGUCUGGGCAAUUUUAUGAAAUUCUGAACUUCCAGCUCGGAUACGAUUCUUUACGAGAUUUUUUGUGAACAAGUGUCUACUGUGGAAAAUGCAUUUCGGUACUUUAACGGGGAUCUUGAAAUGUAAAGACUAGUUUGUUGCAUCAAGAUUAACGUUACCGGGGAUAUAAUAAUUUUAAAUUGAUCUGGACUAAUCUAAGCUCUCGAAAAGCUGCAUACACAAAUUACAGGGUUUUAGAGUUUAUACAUCGGAUGUGCGGAAAUUUGUACAGCUGAGAAACAAUAUUUUUCAUAAUAAUUGUUAUAAUAUUGUGAGCAUCAUCGUAAAUAUUUAACGAUAACUUAGUUCCGAGAGAAUAUCCGAUGACAUUUUUUGUGAAAUGUUUUUACACUGUUAAAAAUAAGUAUAUUCAAUUUAAUGCAAUGUGAUGAACGGAAUUAUUUUAUACACGUAUAUGUUAACUCUCAGAGACUUCAAAGUUUAAGAACGGCUUCGGAAUCAUGCAAUAAAAGUUGAGAAAUUCAGAGA